AGGCGCCAGGGCUGCGAGGCGGCUCGCCGCCGCCGCCGCCCGGGAUUCGUAGCCCGCUGAGGCUGGUCGCGGUGAGGAGGAGGAGAACCUCCGCUGCAGCUGCCCGCGCCGCGAUCGGCCCCGCGGGAGGGCGGAGAAGCGGGGCCGCCGCCGCCGGCGGGGUUCUAAAUGGCUUCUAGGAAGUCGGGGUCUGACUUUCAUGGGCUCUUCAGUUACCUUGAUGACGUUCCGUUCAAGAUAGGAGACAAGUUCAAAGCACCAGCGAAAGUUGGCCUGCCCAUUGGUUUCUCCUUGCCCGACUCUCCGCAGCUUGUGAGGGAAGCCCAGUAUGACUUCUCCUUGGAAAAGAGGACUAUUGAGUGGGCUGAGAACAUCAAGCAAAUCCAAGUUGCCCAGCAAGAGGCCGAACGGAAGGCUGAGGAGAACAUGGCGAAGGCAAAGGCUGCCCUGGAGGAGGAGAUGCAGGCGGGCUUCUCAGACAGCCAUUGCCCAGGGCCUGCCAUGCCCCCUCCCAUUAACCCCAUCCUUGCCGCUCUGCAACACAACUACAUACUCAAGCCCACCCCGGCCAACAGCAGCACUCUGAAGCAAAAGGUCCUGAGCCCACCGCAUGUAAAGGCCGACUUCAACCCGGCAGAGUUUGAGUGCGAAGAAGACCCCUUUGACAAACUGGAAUUAAAAACGCUAGAUGACAGAGAAGAACUGAAAAAUAUUCUGCAGAUUCAUGUUGGCACCACGGGGCCAAUCGUUGCCCAGCUUCUAGACAAUAGCUCGCCCAAAGUCACGGCCGAAUCGGUGCUGCAAGACCAGGAGGUUUUGGCGUCCUUAGAGAGGGCAGCGUUGGACCUCAAGCCCCUCCACAAGCCGAAUGGCCUGGUCGCUCUGCCCCAGCUGGGGGACUGCGAAAAGAUGUCCCUGUCGCCCAUGACAUCCGUGAGCAAUAUCAAGUCUCUCUCGUUCCCAAAGCUUGACGCGGAUGAAAGUGACUUCCAGACGGCGACCCUGGUGAGCACGCACCGCAGUGCGUCCUGCCUCCACAACGGAACUUCCCCCCGCUCCUUGCAGAGCAAAAGAGCCAGUGAACUGAACGGGCACCACGUGGGAGGGCUCUCCGGCCUCAGCGUGGACGGUGGCCCGGAGAUGCCGGCACUGUCCGCCACGUCCAGACUGCCUUCCUUGCCCACCUCAGUAGCAUGUACAGAAGAGGUUCCGGGGCUCACCACAGCCACGGAGGUAACUCACCAAAGUUUCCCAGCAUCUCAAGUGCCCAACGCCACCAGCUGUGCAAAGCGGCCAAGCGGCUUCUCAUACGUAGACGUGCUCCAGGGCCUUUCUUCCAGUGAGCGGCAGUGUAUUGAAACUGUUGUUAACAUGGGCUAUUCCUACGAGGCUGUCCUGAAAGCGAUGAAGAAGAAGGGGCAGAACAUAGAACAGGUUCUUGACUACCUGUUUGUCCAUGGGCAGCUCUGUGAGAAGGGCUUUGACCCACUCCUUGUAGAAGCUGCUCUUGAGAUGUACCAGUGUUCAGAGGAGAAGACAACGGAACUUCUCCAGCUAAUGAGUAAAUUUAAAGAAAUGGGAUUUGAACUGACAGACAUUAAAGAGGUAUUAUUAUUACACAACAAUGACCAGGACAAUGCACUGGAAGAUCUAAUGACCCGGGCAGGAGCCAGUUGAAGAGUGCUGAGAGGAGAGCGCAUCUUGCCUAGGCAGCCAGACCCUUGCCAUCAUCGCGCGGCGCUCUCUGCAGCAGUGGGAAGGAGAACACCCCGCUCCUGAGCGCUCCGCUUUCCCAGAGUGCCGACAAAGCUGGGAGAGUUGCUUCAUUGGCCAUGUAUCACUCCAGAAUGCCGUUCCCACCGGAGAGGGCCCAGUUUGCUUUCUUCAAUUAAACUUAAGUGCCCUUUCCUAUUCCCCCCCCCCCUUAUUUUCCUUUCUUUUUCCCUCUUUGUGGCUAGUCCAUGGGAUCUUGACUGGAGGUGUACAUAGUCAGGCCAGGCCAGCUGCAUCCUCCUUCCCUUCCCCAAACUCUUGCACUGCACUGUCGAAGAAGCACCUGCCUGGCUCGGAAAUGAAUGAUGCUUUGGUUCCUUGGAGCGGCUUUCAUUUGUGUGUCUGCUUGUACUGAAACAUUGACUCUUAGUCAAGAUUAACAGAAGUCUACCUUUUAGUGCAAUGAAAUUUCAGUUUUCAGUGGAGGUGAGGGAGUCUUUGGUUGAAGGUUAGCUUGUAAGUUAGUGCAACACUGGUUCUGAAACGGCCGCUAUGCAUACUGAAAAGCUGUACUACUUUUUCUGGUGUCUUGGCCCCAGCUGCGUCCUCUUGCCAGUGUUAAGUAGGUAAAAACCGAAUUCUUGGAGCAGGCACAGGUAAGCUGUGAACCCUACUUGGGCCUCUCACCGGUUUCCAACACGCGGGCACCUUGCCACCCCCAGACUGAGGAAGCAGCUGACUGUCAGUCUAAAGUACAGUGUGAAUUUGGAAGUCUUCUCUUUCAUGCACUUUCUUUUUGAUAUUCACUGCGUUGGUUCCAUUUUUUCACACUGCUAUAGUUGCAUUAAUCUAUUAACAUCUAGUAAUAGGAAACAGACUUUCAGUUUGGUUUUGAUAGUAAAAAGGUGUAUUAUGUUGUAUAUGGUUGAAGAUCUAAAUACAUAAAAAUAUAAUAAGCACUCUUGAUGAUCUUUCAAGUAAUUUGCUAAGUAUUUUGGUUCUGCGGGAAGAGAUCCUAAUAAAACCUUAAAAAUGUG